AUGGCGAGUAUAAAAGUGGGAAUCGAUCCCAUAUUGACGGCACUUCAAUUCACGUCAGUAUUUCUCGUGGAACUAUCGGUCAUCAUGCAGCUGUCUCUCGGAAUUUUGGUUGUCAUUGCCAUUUCCAAUAAUUACGUCAAUGCAAGGGGUCCAUCGAAAAUUGUGGGCGGCAAGUCAGUGAAUAUUCCCGAUAUUCCUUCCAUCGUGAUGAUUCGCCAUAUGAACUCAUUCAACGUGAGCCACGCAGCUAUUUGUGGAGGUACGUUAAUCACCCCCCGGCACGUUCUCACAGCAGCCCACUGCUUCAGAAAAGAUCCCACUGAUCCUGAGAACCUGCGCCAUCCCCGCUGGUAUGAGGUAAUCGCCGGCAAGAACUCCUACCGUCCAAAUGCCAAAGUAUACCACAUUGAAGAAGUCUAUUCCCAUCCUGAUUUCGCUGAUUCACUGGCGAACAGGGAUGGCAUCCAAGGGGAUAUUGCGGUUGUCAAAUUCCAUUUCGGUGAUUCUUCUGGAGAUUUAAAAUUCAUUUGCUCCGGAAAAUGCUCAAAUAUUCAUUAA